UAGAAACAAAGAAAGUGCCCUCCAGAAUUGUCACUUCUUUUCUCCAACUUUCUUGUCGGUUCACGAGGUCAUUAUUGUCAUUUUAAUCCCACAGGAACAGAAAUAAUGUAUCACUGCAGUAAGAUAAUGCACCAAAGCUUUCUUAAAGUCCAUUUUUCUUUCAAGAAGUAUUACUAAUAUAUGGUUUCUUCUUAUGCGUUGCUCCAAAUUUAGCAAAAAAUAUCCAAAGAUAAUGCAAUCCCUACCUGACCCUGAAACAGAAGAUGAUACAAGAAAACCACAAGCUUCUCUUUAAUGGCAAAUACUAAAAAGUUCCCUCCUUUCUUCUUCUUUGUUCUCUUCUGCUGCAUCUUCUCCACAUCAAGUUCCAAGUUUUUACCAGAGAUAAAAGUGCAGCAAGACAAAGAUGAGCCAUAUGUGGGAGUGAACAUAGGUACAGAUGUUUCCAAUUUGCUUUCACCUGCAGACUUGGUUGCUUUUCUGCAAUUACAGAAGAUAACACACAUAAGGCUUUAUGAUGCUGACCCUGAUAUACUCAAAGCUCUAGCCAAGACUAAAAUCAGAGUGAUUAUCAGUGUACCUAAUAACCAAAUUAUUGCAAUUGGUUCCUCCAAUACUACUGCAGCUGCCUGGAUUGGGCGCAAUGUGGCAGCUUAUUACCCUCAAACUCUUAUCACAGCUAUUGCAGUUGGGGAUGAAAUAUUGAUCACUGUGCCAACUUCAUCUCCUUUGCUUAUGCCAGCAAUUGAGUCACUUUAUAGUGCUUUAGUGGCUGCAAAUUUGCAUACCCAAAUCAAGAUUUCAACCCCAAAUGCUGCUUCCAUUAUUCUUGACCCUUUUCCACCUUCCCAGGCUUUUUUCAAUCAGUCUAUGAGCUCAGUUCUUUCUAAAUUAUUGCAGUUUUUGUCAAGGACACAGUCACCUUUGAUGAUGAAUUUGUACCCUUACUAUGUGUUUAUGCAGAAUAAAGGGGUUGUUCCAAUAGACAACUCUCUUUUCAAGCCCUUGACACCUUCUAAAGAGAUGGUGGAUCCUAAUACUUUGCUUCAUUACACCAAUGUGUUUGAUGCAAUGAUUGAUUCAGUCUAUUUUUCCAUGAAAAAUCUCAAUGUUACAGAUGUAGCAGUUCUUGUUACUGAGUCAGGAUGGCCUUCAAAGGGUGAUUCUAAAGAGCCUUAUGCUACAAUUGACAAUGCUGAUACUUAUAACUCCAAUUUAAUUAAGCAUACAAUUGAUCGUAGUGGUACACCAUUGCAUCCGGAAAUUACUUCUAGUGUGUACAUAUAUGAGUUAUUCAAUGAGGAUUUGAGGUCACCCCCUGUGUCUGAAGCGCAUUGGGGGCUGUUCCAUGGGAAUUCAACGCCCGUUUACUUGCUUCAUGUGUCUGGAAGUGGUACAUUCUUGGCUAAUGAUGCUACUAACCAAACAUAUUGCAUAGCUAUGGAUGGGAUUGAUAAGAAGACUUUGCAGGCUGCUUUAGAUUGGGCUUGUGGACCGGGGAGGGCAAAUUGCUCCGAAAUUCAGCCAGGGGAGAGUUGUUAUCUGCCUAAUGAUGUGAAGAACCAUGCUUCAUAUGCAUUUGAUAGCUAUUAUCAGAAGGAAGGGUCAUCUCCUUCUUCUUGUGACUUCAAGGGAGUGGCCAUGAUCACCACAACUGAUCCAAGUCACGGGAGUUGUAUAUUUCCAGGAAGUAAGAAGGUAAGCAAUAAAACAAGUCAAGUAGAGAACGCGACACAAGCAAGUGGAGCAAACACAAGAAGAUAUAUUGGAGCACAGGCGGGAACAUUUGACAGGAAUGUGCAUGUUUUAUUUAGUGUUGCCUUGUGUUUGUUUUAUUAUUCAUUGAUUCAGGUACAAUUAACUUAGUUCUUUAGCAGAAAUCUUUUUCUUUGUUUAAUAAAAAAGUAGUAUUAGUUCAUUGUGGAGGGCAGUAAUGUUUUGCAGAGGAGUGAUUAUUCUGUGGAUGAAUAUUUUUUGGGGGAGGAUCACAUGUAAGGGAUUCUUUGGUGGACCUUUUUGUAAAAAGUUGUAUCUAAUGAGAUUCUUGGAAGCUCUGUUUCCUUAUAA